CAUUUCUUUUGUCAGAUGAUGAAACAUGCUUGGAAUAAUUAUAAACGUUAUGCCUGGGGAUUAAAUGAACUGAAACCUCUAUCAAAACAAGGCCAUUCGAGCAGUUUGUUUGGUAGUAUCAAAGGAGCAACAAUAGUAGAUGCUCUGGACACACUUUUCAUUAUGGAAAUGAAAGAUGAAUUUGAAGAGGCAAAAUCAUGGGUUGAAGAAAAUCUAGAUUUUAAUGUGAAUGCUGAAGUUUCUGUUUUUGAAGUUAAUAUACGCUUUGUUGGUGGUCUACUCUCAGCCUACUAUCUGUCUGGAGAAGAGAUAUUUCGAGAGAAAGCAGUGGAACUUGGGAUAAAAUUGCUCCCUGCAUUUCUUACUCCCUCUGGAAUACCUUGGGCAUUGCUGAAUUUAAAAAGUGGGAUUGGAAGGAACUGGCCCUGGGCCUCGGGAGGGAGCAGUAUUCUGGCUGAAUUCGGGACCCUGCAUCUGGAGUUUGUGCACUUGAGCCACUUGUCAGGAAACCCCAUCUUUGCUGAAAAGGUAAUGAAUAUUCGAUCAGUACUGAACAACCUGGAAAAACCACAAGGCCUUUAUCCUAACUACCUGAAUCCCAGCAGUGGACAGUGGGGUCAAUAUCAUGUAUCAGUUGGAGGACUCGGAGACAGCUUUUAUGAAUAUUUGCUAAAAUCAUGGCUAAUGUCUGACAAGACAGAUCAACAAGCUAAGGAGAUGUAUUUUGAUGCUGUUAAGGCGAUCGAGACUCACUUGAUCCGCAAGUCUAGCAGGGGACUGACUUACAUCGCAGAGUGGAAAGGGGGCCUCCUAGAACACAAGAUGGGCCACCUGACCUGCUUUGCCGGCGGCAUGUUUGCGCUUGGGGCAGAAGAUGCUCCUAAGGACCGGACCCAGCACUACCUUAAACUCGGGGCUGAGAUUGCCCGCACCUGUCACGAAUCUUACAAUCGCACAUUUGUGAAACUGGGACCAGAAGCUUUCAGAUUCGAUGGCGGUGUUGAAGCCAUUGCUACAAGGCAGAAUGAAAAAUACUACAUCCUACGGCCGGAGGUUGUUGAGACUUACAUGUACAUGUGGCGACUGACUCAUGAUCCAAAGUACAGGAAAUGGGCCUGGGAAGCUGUAGAGGCCCUGGAGAGUCACUGCCGGGUGGACGGGGGCUAUUCGGGCCUCAGGGACGUUUACCACAGACAGAACAGCUACGACGACGUGCAGCAGAGCUUCUUCCUGGCGGAGACGCUGAAAUAUCUAUACUUAAUAUUUUCUGAUGACGACCUACUUCCACUGAAACACUGGAUCUUCAAUACCGAGGCACAUCUUCUCCCUAUACUCUGUUCAAGUGAAAAAGAAGUGGAAGUCCAUGAAUAAUAAGACAUUUUAUAUUUUACUCUGCUCCAUUCCCAUCACUGCAUACCUUAAUAGUUCCUCUUCUGGUAUUCAGGCACAUGAUGAAUUUUUAUUACUAGGUCUGUCGUUAUUCUAAGUUCUAAAAUUGUUUUGCAGUCUUUUAUGUUUAUUAUCAUAGGCUUAGAUAGACUCAAAUUCCUUAUUGUACCCUUUAAUAUUCAGUCAGCAGACCACUGAUUGUUUUAUUUUAUGUAAUCUGUUCUCUCUGGAGUUCAUGAAGGCGUAGUAUCAUUUUUAUUAGACUGAAUAGGAUGGUAUACCAGUGACCUCUUAAUUACAAUUUUGAUUUGACUGCAAAACUCUUUCCUCCUCUAUGAGGAGAUGAUGUCUGCUUUAAGCUGUAAUGUUUUGCCAUGUUGCAAAAAGCCAUAAUAAUAAAUUAAAUAUUAAAAAAACUUUUUUCCUUUUUAAUUUCAUGUUAAUAUGGUUUGUCUAUCCACCAGAGACAGAUCUUACAACUGUGACAGCCUUCUUAUGCGGAUCUAUCAUUAUUUGAUAGAAUGUCUUCUAAAAUAUAUUUUAAUUCAAAACAGAAUGUCAUUCCAAAAGGAUCAUCUCAUGUUGACCUCAUUUUAUCGGAACCACAUUGUAUUUUUGUUGAUGAAUUAUGUUAGUGUUUCCUAAUUUGCGAAUUAGUUCUCAAAUUUUACUUGAAGUGUUCUGUGUCACUUCUGGAUCAUGUACUGGUUAAUUUCUUCCAUUCCCCAUCACACAACAAAGUGAGCUUACAAGUUUGCAGAUCUCUGCUAUCACUCAAUUAUAUUUUUUAAAGGGAAGUAGUAUUACUCUUAGGGUGUUAGCUUUUGCUUUUUACUGAAUAUAUGAAAAAUUAGGUCUCUCUAAAGAGAAGGUGAAUAUUUAAUAUGGUUUUUAAUUUGAAUUUCAUCUUUAACUCUUUUUUUCUUGAAGUAAAGAAAGCAUUACAUUUGGGUCAGAUUUUUCAGAUUUGAAAAGGCCCCUUUCUAAAAUGUAGUCAAUUAUUUCAUUUCAGUUUAUGAAAGCAGAAUUAAUUCUGAAAGAUGCUUUAUCAGUGUAUCUAUUCAUGGUCAGUUAGGAAAAUCUAAUAAACGUUUAGGUCAAAUAAGAAUAUAGUCUAUUUUGUCUGGUUAAAUUCAACAUAGAUAUCCCAGCUUAGAAAGAACAUGUAGGAGUGGGUGCUUCCAAUCCCCUGCAGUCCUAUAGCAGAUCAAAAUAAUGAUAUGAUUCUUCAAAACAUUGUUUUGAGAUAUGUGUGGUUUUCCCAAGAAUAGAUUUGAUGACACCUUGUAUUUUCUUAUCACAUUGGAUCAUACUAUAUAUAUUUUUUCCCACGAAAGGGCUAAUAUGAUGAAGUAUGUUCUGAGGUACAAAGACUUUAACCACCUGCAUUCUCAACUGACAGUGGUCAGAUAAAUCAGUGCAACCCCGUGGAUUAAGCUGAAGCAUAUGAAGUUGCUGCAUUUGUAGUUUAAAAACUAUCCAAUAUCAACAAUUUCAUAUGGUUCAACCUAGUAUUUUUAAAGACAGUUAUUUUCUUGGAUCUCUAUAGACUUAAUUGUUUUAGCUAUUUCAGCUUUUAAAGGUGUUUCAAAAGAUUUCCUUUGUCUGAAAGGACCACUCUGUGUGACCUGUUCUUUUUUCAGUAUUGUACAUUGGUAUACAAACAACAUAUCAAAGAAUAAAUUAAUAAAAUUAGGAAAUGAAAAAUAUCCUUUAAUACAGCAUUAUUGCCAUGUUAAUGUGUUUUGAGACCCAGAAUAUCUUCCACUCAUAUAUUCAGCUCAUUAGGAAAUGAAUGGAUUGUGAGAGUUCUUUUUUCCCAGGACUUAAAGGCAAAAUAUAAAAGAUUCUUGUAAAAAUUGGGCCAUAUGUAUUUAGAUUAUAGUCUUCAUAUAAACAUCCUUGGGCUAACAAUUUAAGUUAACUUAUUUUAUUUGCUUUUAAAUUUGAUUUGAAAGAGCACAAAGCUUAUAUGUAUUUCUGCAGCAGAUUGGAUUUUAAUGUCAGGUUUAUGUACACACUGCACUAUAAUGUACUUUUUGUACCCCGGUAUAAGUAGGCAAAAAAGAUUGUACUAGACAUUGUUCUGCCAAUGGCAAGAAUAAAGUUUUUUCAAUUCUAGAACUUGGAUUUUUUAACAUAAGUUACAAAACACCAAAAAUGUAAACAAGGUAAGAGAUUAAUAUUAUAGUGGUGUAAUUUAAUUAAAGUUCUAUUUUGUGUUAAUCAUUUUAAUCAACUGAAGUCCUUAGGUAGAUACUGUCUUUCAAUCAUUUUCAGCAAUUUCACCUAAAAGGUGAAUAAUUAAAAUAGCACUUAAUUUUCUGUUUCUGUAUAUGUUUUUGGUAUACUUUGUGCAAUUAGUAUUACACGUAUAAGUUGUAUGGCGAUUUACGGGAAUCAGCAUUUGUCAUAACACCUUCAUAUGUGUUACCCAUUCUUUACAAUGAUUGUUUUUGAUUUGUGCAUAAAUCCAUUCUGUCAUUUCCAACUUUAUAUAAAUCUCUAAUGUUAUAGGAAACAUAAUAGAUUGACACAUAAUUUUUAAAAACUAUAUUUGUAAAAUUUCUCUAUUGUGAAUAAAGCCUUUUAAUAUAUCUCCUCA